UUACUCCAUCCUAACGUACUGAUUCAGUCACUCUUCAACUGAAGAUGCCAAUUUCUUUUAGGGCUAGUGAAUUCUUGGACUCUGUGGUUUUGGCUCUCUUCACCGUUGUGCCGCAGUUGGUGCAUAAGUGUCGUGAUGUUCAGUGUUUUCGUAAUGUGCUAAUUAGUGUAUAAAUAAAAUAGAACUUUUUUUAAAGGAAUACGCACAACCAGUCAUUGACUGGAUAUUCUUUCUGUGGCGACAUUGAUGGAGUUCCGCUUGGACAGCGCGGAGUACUGCCAGGCCCAACACAAAUAAACUAGCGGCGGACCGCCGAGCUGAGACCCAUGCAGCCGGGAGCAAGUCUGUACCCCAUCUUUAUGACAGUCCAGCUACCUUAAAUUCUGAAGCCAUCGCAAAUCGGAGCAUAUCAUUCAGUCCGGAGCGACUUUAUGUUCGAGUAAUUUCUUUAAGUUUCAUUCCACAUUUUGAACUUUAGUUUAACCGUCUCCGAAUGUGCGCUAGUGGGUGAAAGCGACAUCCAUGCGGGUGGUUAUCUUGAUAUAAUAGGACCCUUUCUAAAUAAAAGUCACGAAACUGCCGUGUGUUGUGUGGAAAUAGAGUGACAAUUUGUCUGUUGUCGGACGGACCGAAGUGAAGUGAACACCAGUGUUGACCGUAGCGAGGAAGACCAAGACCAAUCAUGAAGCAAAAGGAUAUCCGGCCGGCGCCCUCGCUAAUCGAGUACAAGGGAAUGCGGUUCCUGAUCACGGACCGCCCCUCUGACGUCACCAUCCAGUCGUACCUACAGGAGCUGCGCAAGCACAACGUAUGCGUCGUGGUCCGCGUCUGCGAGCCCAGCUACGACGUUGGCCCGCUCAAGGCCGAGAACAUCGAGGUCCGCGACUUGGCCUACGACGACGGAACCUUCCCGCCCGCCAACGUCGUGGACGAGUGGUUCGAGAUCCUGCGCGAUAAGGCCCAAAACAAGCCAGAAGCGGGCGUAGCGGUGCACUGCGUGGCGGGGCUCGGCCGGGCGCCGGUCAUGGUCGCCAUCGCGCUCAUCGAGCUCGGCAUGAAGUACGAGGAGGCCGUCGAGACCAUCCGAGAGUGAGUAGCAUCCUGCUGCAGUACCUAGACAUACGUAGCGGUGCACUGCGUGGCGGGGCUCGGCCGGGCGCCGGUCAUGGUCGCCAUCGCGCUCAUCGAGCUCGGCAUGAAGUACGAGGAGGCCGUCGAGACCAUCCGAGAGUGAGUAGCAUCCUGCUGCAGUACCUAGACAUACGUAGCGGUGCACUGCGUGGCGGGGCUCGGCCGGGCGCCGGUCAUGGUCGCCAUCGCGCUCAUCGAGCUCGGCAUGAAGUACGAGGAGGCCGUCGAGACCAUCCGAGAGUGAGUAGCAUCCUGCUGCAGUACCUAGACAUACGUAGCGGUGCACUGCGUGGCGGGGCUCGGCCGGGCGCCGGUCAUGGUCGCCAUCGCGCUCAUCGAGCUCGGCAUGAAGUACGAGGAGGCCGUCGAGACCAUCCGAGAGUGAGUAGCAUCCUGCUGCAGUACCUAGACAUACGUAGCGGUGCACUGCGUGGCGGGGCUCGGCCGGGCGCCGGUCAUGGUCGCCAUCGCGCUCAUCGAGCUCGGCAUGAAGUACGAGGAGGCCGUCGAGACCAUCCGAGAGUGAGUAGCAUCCUGCUGCAGUACCUAGACAUACGUAGCGGUGCACUGCGUGGCGGGGCUCGGCCGGGCGCCGGUCAUGGUCGCCAUCGCGCUCAUCGAGCUCGGCAUGAAGUACGAGGAGGCCGUCGAGACCAUCCGAGACCAACGCCGCGGCGCCAUCAACUCGAAGCAGCUGUCGUACCUGGAGAAGUACCGGCCCAAGUCCCGCCUCAAGAAGAACGGUCACAAGAACUCCUGCUGUGUGCAGUAACAGCUGAUCCAGCUCUGUGUCCACACACACACACACUUACGAAAACUACACUUUUUUGAACACUUUAUUUCCUUUUUUUGAGGUUAUAACCAUGUUUAACCUUUUGAGUGUUUGAAUCGACUUAAAAUUGUAUAAUGUACUUUGUCGGUUAUAGGCGUAGACUUCAUCGAAAUAACUAGGGAUUAUUCUGAAAUUAAACAUCAAAAUUGUAAAAACAUUCUUUUUGCUGAUGACUAAACUUGCGACAGUUAUAACAGCGUUCACCUUGGAAUAUACUCUAUCUUUGUUUGAAUUUAUCCUUAAAAAAUUGGAAUUAAAUAAACUCUUACAUGGUCAAAUUUAACCAAAUAUAUCCGACCACACAGAAGGUUAAAAUAAGGUUAUAAUCUCCGUUAAAUCUCGAGUUUUCUAUGAAAUUUAAUGGGAGCCUUAUAUAAGAUGUUUGUACGUAAAAGGUCCCACGUACUGUGUAUUAGUGGAAUAAUAUGUUAGAAGAGCCACGAUUUGUGUUCAGUGAGCAAUCCUCGGGUAAAUACUUUCAAAUCAUAAUAAAUUUCAAUGCCCAUAAUAAAAUAAAAUAAAACAGUCUGUGACAUGUUUAUUUCUGAUUUUCCGUAAUUGUGGUGACUUCAUGAUAUUUUUUACUUAAAUACUAUAUUUGUAGACACUUUAUGAUUUAUAAUAAAAAACGAGACAUAAUAUAGAAAAAUCUUGAUGGUUUUUUGUGUUUCACUAGACAAUUGAUAUCUUUGACAAGCAAUUUGUUAUAAAUUGUGUGCUUUUUGUAUUGAUAAACGAUUGUACUCUAAAUGUUACUUGAAACCCUGGGCAUAGCAAUCCAGUUAGCAAAUAAUCAAUUAACUAUAUGAAAUACAGAAAGAUCUAGUUUGACGACUUGACACGAAAAUUCAAUGAAAAAUGCAGUUUGAUAUUAUUUUUCUAUUUCUAAUUUUAUGAAGAUUAUUGAAAUGUAUGAUCAUGUAACUACGGUACAGUCGGCAUUCUUAAAUAAAAAUAUUUAUAAGCAAAA